AGUCAAUGGGGCGGCAGCGGCCGCGGCGGAGCGCAGGGCCGGCGGGGCCGGCGGGGCGGGGGGCGGCAUGGCGGGGCGCUGAGGCGGCGAGGCGGCGGCGAGGGGCGCGCCCCGGCAUGGGCAGCCGCAGGGCCCGGCGAUGAGCGCUCCCCCGGCCGCUCCCGCUCCCCCCCGCGCGAAUAUGGGCACAGCCGUGUCCAAAAGGAAGACGCUGAGGAACGAGGCCAUGUCGUCCGUGGCGGCCAAAGUGAGAGCGGCGAGGGCUUUUGGAGAAUACCUGUCACAAAACCACCCCGAAGGCAGGAACGGCUCAGAUCACCUGCUGGCAGACUCCUACAUCGGGCAGGAGGACUCCCCUGAGAUGCAGCAGGCGGCACAGAACAAGCGCCGGCUCUCGGUCAUCUCGGACGGCAAGUUUGAGAGGAGCUUCGAGGAGCAGGCGGAGAAGAUCCCGAGCGAGGCAGCCAAGCCACGAGUCUACACCAUCUCCGGCGAGCGGCCGAUGCUGUCGGACCACGAGAACGACGGCAUGGAGCUGGUGGUGAUGAAAGGGGCCGCCCAGGACGAGUGUCACCACGGCCACCACGGGCACGGCGCCGGCGGCUCCCACGGCGUCAGCAGGCACUGCAAGGGCUGGCCGGGCAGCCGCCAGGGCUCCAAGGAGUGCCCAAACUGCACCCGCCUGGCUGCCCCUUCCCAGCAAUCCUUUGACCUGGAGCAGCACCCGCCCAGCGAGGCUGGGUGGCACAGGAAGAGGCUGGAGAGGAUGUACAGUGUCGAUCGAGUGUCUGAUGAUGUCCCCAUACGAACCUGGUUCCCAAAGGAGAACCUCUUCAGUUUUCACACCGCUACUACAACUAUGCAAGCGAAUUUUCGGAAGCACCUCCGCAUGGUGGGGAGCCGAAGGGUUAAAGCACAAACCUUUGCCGAACGGCGUGAGAGGAGCUUCAGCAGGUCCUGGAGUGACCCGACUCCCAUCAAAGCUGAUUCCUUCCAUGACUCUCGAGAAAGCCAUGACCUUCAGGAUUCCUGUGGCACUCUGGAGGGUGACUUCGACUUGAACUGGGAAGCAGAAAAGGAACUUGAAGCCAUGGCAUGUGACGGAGAAGACUUUAUUCCACCAAAAAUAAUGCUCAUUUCUUCCAAGGUGCCCAAAGCAGAGUAUGUCCCAACCAUUAUCCGCAGGGACGACCCCUCCAUCAUCCCCAUCCUCUAUGACCAUGAACAUGCCACCUUCGAUGACAUCUUAGAGGAAAUAGAGAAGAAACUUAACAUUUAUCGCAAAGGCUGCAAAAUCUGGAAGAUGCUGAUAUUUUGCCAGGGAGGGCCCGGGCACUUAUACUUGUUAAAGAACAAAGUCGCCACUUUUGCCAAAGUGGAGAAGGAGGAAGAUCUGAUCCUCUUCUGGAAGAGGUUGAGCCGGCUGAUGAGUAAAGUCAAUCCUGAACCAAAUAUCAUCCACAUCAUGGGCUGCUAUGUUCUUGGAAACCCCAAUGGGGAGAAGCUAUUUCAGAAUCUGAAAAACUUAAUGAAUCCUUAUAGGGUUGCCUUUGAGUCUCCACUUGAACUAUCAGCUCAAGGUAAGCAAAUGAUCGAGACUUACUUUGACUUCCGCCUUUACCGCCUCUGGAAGACCCGGCAGCACUCGAAACUAUUGGAUUACGAUGACAUUUUAUGAGCUGGAGAAGACUUUGCGAGAGGAAGCUCAUCACCAGUGUCCAAGAAGUCAUGCUUACUGCAGAGAGACUUUUUUAUUGGCACAGGGAGCCCUUCACAGCCCCAUGGGAGCAGCAGUGCUGAAGGCAGGGGAGGAGGAGCCCUCGGAAGCGCGUCCAAGGAAAGUCUCCUGGGUCAAGAGAGACUGGAGGGAAAGGGGGUGACCCUGGCUGGCCCCAGUCCGAGCCGUGGGGUCUCAGGAGGAGCUGUGUGCAACCAGGACAGGAUGGAGUUCCUGGCAGAACUGAGCUGUUUUGGGUCAGAAUGGGCCAGAUUUGAUUCCAGGUCCUUUUAAAGACUUUUGAAGCUCAGGUUUUCUUACACACACACACACACACAAAAAAAAAAAAAAAAAAAAAAAAAAAAAGAAAAAAAAAAGAAACCCACUUACCCGUGCACUACAAUGGAGAAGUCACCAGAGCACAGAGGGAGGAGGGGGUUGUGCUGCUGGGACCUUCUGUGCUGAGGAUCUCGGAGAGCAAGGACUGCUACACCUACUCCUGCAAGCUUAGAGCAAGACAACCCAGUUUCCAUGUGAAUAUAUACUGGGAUAUAGAAUUGAAAUCUUCUUUUUUCGUUUUUUUGUUUUGUUUAAUAGAAAAUAAGUGCAAUUUUUAUAGCAAGGGGUGGGGGUAAAAUCCCUCCCAGUAUUUAAUUAGUUAAAAAUAACACACCAUAACCAAUAGAUGAGGUAUUUCUGGUCUGCUUGAAAAUAUAUUCAGAUUGGUAAUAUAUCUUCUGUAGACAUAUUUAAUCACCAGCAAACAUGGUUUUAACAUAACUUGGCAGACCCUGCAUGUCUGCUGCAUUGGUUUGGUUCCUUCCUUUCAGAGUAGCUGUGUUGCACUAACUGUACCUGCUCUCACGAAUGUAUAGUUCUCCUCCAAUUAGCCACAACUUCAUUACUUUCUCUUUUGCUGCUUGCAAAACUAUGGGACUUUAGUUUUGCUGAAAUACUUUAGGUUAGGAAUAUGGGGCCUGGCUGGGGAAACCUCUGCCAGGCCCACUGUGGUAUAAAAAUGAAUUAGAAAUUAAUAGCCAUGGUAAUUACCUGUUCAUGCCAGUGCUUUGCUGUGUGCUGGGAGAUGAGCUCCCUUCCUGACCUGCCACGAGGAGCAGCUGUUGGGACCCCUCUGAGGGGACUGUGCAUUGAGGCAUUUGGGAGAAAUGCUUCUGGAGGAACAGGUUUGGAGCAUGAGUUUGAAUCUUCCCUGUGUUCACUUGAUUGCCAGUUGUUUGUGCAUAAAACACCUCUUUUCCCUGGCUAAAAGACCUAUUUCUUGGUCUGAGCUGUUCCCUUCCCUUCCCUUCCCUUCCCUUCCUGAGCAGGACAGAGAAAACCCCAAGCUCUGUCAGACCUGAGAACCCAGGUCUUGAUAUUUGAUGCUACAUUUUGCAAUCUCUUUACUUUUUGUUUUGGUCAGGUCGAGGGGUGCUUUUUGUUUUGGGAAGGGCUUUUUUCUCACAUUCUACUGUCCUCUCAAGGACAAAUAGUACUUAGAGUCUGUGUAGGUCACUGGCAAUUCUGGGAGGUGACACAAAUGACUUCUUUUACAAGCAAAAGAAGUAACAGGGAAUGAUUACCUUGUUUUCCUGAUUUCCUGUUAUCUAAAAUUAGUUGAUUGUGAAGUGAAGGAAAAUAUGUGUAUAAAUCUUCUUUUAACUACUUACAAAAAGAACUAUUUGUUCUGAUCUGUAGAGUCCUCCUCCCCCUGUGGUUGUGAUUUUGGGGAGCAGGUUCCCUGGCUAGAACUGCUGAACCCUUUACAUUUAUGGCAGUUUUAUAGCAAAACUACUUUGAAGAAAUAAUGUACAUACAAGUAAGGAGAGGAAUAAGUGGAGAGAGAUGGUUUAAAGUUGUUGAAAAGCCACAUACUGAACCAAACAGGUGUGGGCUGUUGCCUCCCCCUGGUUGGGAGCUCCUGGGAGCUGCCCUGACCUCGGGAGCUUUGGGAGCCACAUCUCAUCCCUGGAUUGAGGUUUGCCAGACUUGCAGUGAAGGGGAGAACAGGCACCAGUCUGUAGCUUUUGGAAGAAAAUGCCAGAUGUAAAAAAAAAAAUAAAAAACCAACCCAAAAUUUAUGCCAAUUACUAUCUAAUGUUGUGGCUCUCCACCAGCUCUGAGGUGAGAGGUGGGAGCCAGAGGUGCGAUGGAAGCACAAGGUCAGUCAUCUGGAGAGGGAAAUGGUUGUGGGAGGAUUAAAAUGCUGACACAAAACUCUCUCCCUUUCUAACCCUUUCACCUCCUAACUGGAGACAGACAAACUGUUCUUCCUUUCUCUUUCCUGAAGUGAAAUCCCAAUUCAGUGAACUUGGUAGCAUGAAUGUAGCAUUGUGGAACUAUUGAAAAUCUUAUUUAACCCUCAAAGGGCCCGUUUCUGUAUCCACUGGAGUGAUUUCUCUGUAGAAUUAUUGUAUAUUCUCACUGACCACUUGUAGAACUCGGGGUGCAAAGUAGGAGGUAGAUUGUACAGUAACUCCUGGUGGAAGAUGUGUGUUGGAAUGGACUCUGUGGACUGUUUUCCUGGUGCAGUUUAUAGGAUAAUGACAACUGAUGAAUUGAUUUCCCUCCAAAGAUCUAUAUUCCUCAUAGUUUGUGAUGUUUAUGACAUGAGCAUAUUAUUUCCUUUGUAGCCUUCAUUUGCCUAAAGAGAGGAAAUAUUCUCAGAGCUGUGACUGGAACAGAGUUGUGAUGUUUGACAUCCUGUGUGGAGCAGCAUCGUUGGAAUUAACCUUUGGUGACAGAGGAAAACAACAGUUCUUGCCCUUUGUCGCCAGCUGAGCUUUUCAAGUGGCUGCUGGGAAAGGAAGGGGUCAGCAGAGGAAAAUAAAAAUUGUCAUUCUUUAAACUUUAGAGGUAAAAAUAGAGCCUGGAACUUCCUCAGUGAGACCAACCUGUAAGGAAUGAUGAGCUGUGGGUGUGCCCUCGCUGCCAGCGCCCGGCACAGCCCCAGCCAGGACAUCUCCGAGGCCAAGCACCCCUUCCUUGCUCCCUGUGUGCUCCUGCAGCAUCUCCCUGGCAGUGCCAGGGCCAGGGCAGCACCCACGGGCACAGCUCCCUGUGCAUCCCUGCAGUGUCUCCCCUGGGAAUGCCAAGGCCAGGGCACAGCUCCUGCAGUGCCUGCCUGGGGCAGCUGUGGCUGCUGGGCACGCAGGGCAAUUUGUCAUUCCACUCCCACCAGCUCCUCCCAGCCCCCAACAGCUCAGCCUGCUCUCGGGGUGUGUCUGAAACCAGUUCUCUCACGUGCUGCCGGUAAUUGCUGUGGGAUUUGGCUUGGUCCCAUCCCUGUGCCCUGUCCCACUGUUCCACUCAGUCCCUCCACGAGGAACUGCUGCUGCAGCUCCUGUGUGCCCUGGAAUUGCUUUUCCCAGGGGCAGGAGAGCCCUGGGUAACCCUGGAGGGAGGCAGAUGGACCCGGGAUGGCUGAAUUGGGUACCAGCCCUGGCUGUUCACCAGCCGAGGGUGGGGUUUGUGCUGCCCUCGCUGUGAGGCAGAACUGGAUGUGACCUCCAGCCCCUUGUGUGGAUGAAUGUGUUUUGGCCUGGGCUGGCAGUGUCACCUCCAGGAGGGGAGAAGGGUGGCAGGAGGGGCACCAGGCUGGCUCACCUGCUGGGAAUGGCCCCACCGUGUCCUCUGGUGCCUGCAGGGAAUGUUCACUGAGCUGUAGAGGCCUGGGGGGAUUGUUUUGUCUUCUUGGAUGUGGCACUUGUCCUGUACAGGGAUUUUCAGAGAGUCUUUACUGUUUUCCUCUUGUUUGGCUGGGAAGGAGAGGGAAAAAGAAAAUUCAAGUUACCUGACAGACAUAGGUAGAAAACUGAGAUGAUGAUUUUUUUACCUCUCCUCAUGCUGCAGCCAGCAGCUUCCCUUUGCAGCUGAGCUCCAGGCCUGGGGUGGGAAACAGAUGAACUCCCAAAUAAUCCCUUCCUGUGUUAAAAACCAAAACAGAAAAGUCCUUGUAGCUCCAGCAAAACAUCUGAGUGCAAAAGGCCCCCAGGCAGCUCAUCCUGCCCGUGGGAGGACUCUGCUGUGCAUCCCUGGGAUCCCACCCAGUCCUGCCUCCCAGUGCCUCUGGAGCCACCUGAGCCACGUCCCAUGGCCUGUGGAGGGGCUCUGCUGAUCCUCUGCACAGGGGACUCCCAGAAGGAAUUUAUUCCUCAUUUCUCAGCCUGCACUCGUUGCCUGGAGCUCAGCACAGGGUUCCAGGGCUUCUGGAGUGUGUGUGUGUUCCUUCCCCACACACAGGCCCUGUCCCUGCUCAGGGGAGCUGCUCCCCUCCACUGCCACGUGCAGUGCGAGGCAGUGACACGUCCCUGCUGCCCUGGCACCGCUCCAGAGCCUGGCACCGCUCCAGAGCCUGGCACACACCCACCCCAAACAGCUGCUGCUGUUCCAGGACGUGGCUGUGCUGGUCACCCGUCCCUGGGAGUUCCUGUUCCCAGGCUCUGCUGGCAGGGACUGCAGGGCUGCCUUGGCACCCGCACACAGCACGAGUGGGGUUACCUGAGAGGAUGGAAAGGGCUGAUUUUCAAUAGCCAGCCUGGCAGGGUCUGGAGAUGGGAAUGUGUCCUUUUAAUCCCCCUGGAGGUGGAAUGGCAGGCUUGGUGCAAGUGUAAACAUCCCACCCAUCACAAGCCAGUUUGAGUCACACUUGUGUAUCAUUAGGUGGUAGUCCAGGAUAAGAUGUGUUACUGGAUGAGGAAAAAAGAUCCUGCUGGGGGUCUUGGCAGUUGGCACCUGCUGUCAGACCCUCCAUCAGGGGAUGAGCUGGGCUGUGCCAUCCCUUGGGGGAUCGGCCCCACUGCCAACAGCAGGACAGGGAUCUGCAGCUGCAGGUGGAGCUGAGCCUCUCUGUGCCCUGGGUUUUGCUGUGCCAGUCCCUGGAGCUGGUGAUAGAGACAGCCCUUCCCAAGGAUUCCUCCUGAGGGAUGUGGAGUGGCACUAUCAUCUUCCACAUCAUCUGUAAAGAGCUGUUUGUGAUCCUGUACUUUGUCCCACUGACCACAGUGGAUCUGUGGCUUUCUGCAUCUUCCAUGGAAGUGUUUUUAAAUUCUCAUUGUGGAAACACAAGCCAAAGGCAACUGGAAACUUCUGUGGGCGAGUCAGCCUGCUAAUGGUAUCUUAAAUGGGAGCUGAGUGAGUAAAUGGGUGGUUUAAUAGGCCAUGAACCUGACUGGGGUCAUGGUUACUCCCAGGUGAUCCUGCUGUGUAACUGGCAGAGUUAACAGUAAGAUAACCUCUUACUGAGGCACUGCAUGAUCUGUGAAAAGAGCAGGAACCAACAGCAGCUUUGGCUCAGAAAUAACUUCAGCCCAACCUACUGCCAGUCAGUGUGAGAAAUGUAAAGACUGGAAGGAAUAAACAUUAUGGACAUUAAAUGUAAAGAAUCCGUUUGAAGAGAAACCACAUUGCUGCUUUCCAUAAAUGUUUGGUAAAUAUUAAAGAACUAAUACAACCUAAA